AAAGUAUACGUCUGUUUGACCGCACUGCAAUAUAUCGACGUCAGGCAACCGAUCGUCAAACAGAAUUAGGUUUUGGUAAAGAAAAGCUGAGAAGUCGCGGGCGAAAAAGUCUAAAUUUUCGUCAUGAAGUCAGUUUUUAUUGUAGUAUUAGUGGCGAUAGCCGCAUACUUUCUCUUCAGACCUACAACUUUCACGGUGAAGAAUGACAUAUUCAUGUACAAAUCGCCGGAAGACGUGUACGAUUUUAUGUCGGAUUUAAAGAGGACGAUCGAAAAACAUUCGAUAGGAGGGAAGUGUACCUUGGUGAAACAGCGUACAAGGAAGGAUGGAGUAAAAGAAAAGUUGUAUCUGGUGGAGAAGGCCAUCCCACUGCUCUGGGACUAUGAGUUUCCAUUCAACAUGGAGAUACGCUUGACGUUAUCAAAACCAAAUGAAGAGGUCCUGUAUAACUUCGGCUUUCUCCGCGGUUACCUGCUCAAAGUCCACAGCAGAAUGACCUUUGAGCAUCGUGAGGGGCGAGCUAUGCCAGGGACGUUCUUGACCGAGUACCUGACGAUAACGUGCCCCUGGCUGGCACAGACGCUGGUGGAGAAGAACCUGAAAAACUCCCACAAGGACACCUUGGUUAGCUUGAGGAACGGCUUGGAGGGGAUGGCAGUGGCGAGGGAUAAGAUAAAGGAGACGGGAGGAACAACAAAGGAAGAAGGAAAGAAGACGAGGACUGAGAAGAAGAAAGAGACUGCGACACCUGACAAGAAAGGCAAAGGAGCGAAGAAGGAUGAAGCAAAGAAAUCAAGCGGACAAGAGAAAAAGGCAUCUAAGGUGAGUGAACAGGAGAAGACAAAAGCAUCCAAGGAAGAGAAGAGACAGACCGUCGAUAAAAAGAUGGAUAAGAAGACAUCCAAGGAUGCUGAUGUGAAACCAAGAAGAGCUGAGAAGGAAGGAGAGACAAAGCAGGCAUCAGAGACGAGCAGACAGGAGAAAAAAGAGACAGUACUCAAAGACAAGAAACCAACCCCAGACAAGAAGACGGCGAAAAAAGCAACGCCACAUGCAGACGUGAAACCCAAACAAGCAGAUGAUGAAAAGAUGAAGAAAGUUGAGACGAGAGAAGAGGAGACCAUAGCUAAGGAUGUCAAGACAGAGAAGGCGCCAGGGGGAGAAGGUACUAAGGAAAAGGAUGCGGGAAAGAGAAAGGAGGAGCAGGUCAAAGUAGAGAAGGAGAGCACAAGGAAAGAUGCCAAAGAUGUGAAGAGAGAAAGAAAACUAGAAGAGACGGUUCAGAAAGAGUCCGAGUCUAAAGAGAGCAGGAUGGAUGGCACAAAACCAGAAAAGUUGAAAGAAUCCAAAACCAGGGGGCAGAAACCUCAAGUGCCAAAGGCAGAAAAAGAGAAGAUUGUCAAACCUGUCCAAUCAGAGCAGAAGCAGAAUGCUAAGACUGGAGGUUAAGGGUCAAGGGUUAAAGGUCAGCAGCUGAAUGAAUAAUUGGCACCUUGCCAAAAGGGAAUGCAUUUGUUUGAAAGUGCAAGCUCUAUAAAAUGUUAUACCAAAACAUGAAAAUGGUAAAAAAGUAACAACAAUAACAAUGGGGAAUAUUAUCCCUCAAAAUUGCAAGUUAAAAACCUGCUUAAAUUUGUUGAGAUACCGGUAUGUUGUAUGUCAUUUUUAAGAUCUGUAAAUGAAAAGUGAAUGGUCUUAACUUCCGUUGCUGUGUGAAUUCAAGUGAAUUUUUAUAUCAAAAUAUUAUGUCUGGGAAAGCAGAUACAAUUUGAUAUAAAAAUAUGUUUGGGAUUGAACAAUGCCUUUUUACAUACAGAAUGUAGAAUCCAGAACAAAUUGUAAUGAAACGAUAAACAGUGACGUGUAUCCAAUUGCAAUACUUGUACAGUUUUUCCUAAAAAAAAAAAAUGAUGAUGCCAAGUGAUUUGAAACGUAAUCUUUCAUAAUUGAGUGAUUUUAAUAUCGCUUCUUUGUAAACUUCAAAUAUUAUGCAAAUUUGGUGUGAUUUUACAUUUUUUAGAUGAAAAUUCCUUUGUAUUAUCAUCAAGGAUUAAAUGUUUUUCAAAAGCAGUAAGGCAGUAAGCAUAUUUUACCAGUAGAUUAGCUGUUUUCUUCGCUACAUCUUUAGCUUCAUUGCGUUUUUAAAUUGUCUUGAUUGUAUUCAUAAAUUGUGUUUAAAUGUACAAAACCAGUCGAAGCCGACUUUGGCCAGCAAGGAGAGAGCGGGAUUCUACAAUGUAACAAAACGGCGCUUUGGAAACAAACUUGUCAUAUUUCACCAUGGAUUCAAUCACGAACAAUAUUCAAAGCAUUCAAGUACAAUGUUCAAGUAUUCCUAUAUAGAAAUUGUUGCUUUUUUCUCCCACUGCUUUGAGCCGUGAAAUAGAAAUUGAAAAAAAAGAAGAUUUUUCUGAAGAUUUUUAUCCUGUUACCGGGUACGUUUUCUUUAAACAUUUAGAUACCAACUACUAUUGGGAAAUUUUGUAAGUAGUGAAGCUUGUUGUGUGCUCAAAUUUGACUAUAGUUUAAAUUUUUUAUUAUAAAUAUUACUUGAUUUGAGUGAUUUAAAAAAAUGAAUUAUAUUUUGAAUGAUUUUAACAGUGGAUGAAACAUUGUCGUAUGAAUUCACAUGUAUUAUAUUUAUACAUGUAGAGAUUUUUAAAGUUUAAAAUCAGUGCUAUGUAAAUGAUGAAGUGAUUUUUUUAAUGUUUGAUAUUCAAUCUAUCAAAGUAGUUUUAAAAAGUUUGAAUAAGAAACUGUUAAUAGACAUGAAAGUCAAGUCUCUUAAAGGCGAAUGUUACUAUGCAACUUUAA